CACUGAUAAUUUGCACAAUAUUUUACAAAAUAAACAGCAUGAAUUACUCUGUAUGGAUAUUAUUAUAUACAUAUUUAUUAGAAGUAUUCAGUGUGAAUGACUCUCCCAAUGACGAAUAGAUUUCAUAGCUAAUGAAUUGAUGAUCUUUGAUCAUUAGCAUAUUAUUUGCACUUUAAUAGCGAAAAAAUUCUACACGCAGCAGUGGCUGUAGCGACGCUAUGAGUGUAUUUAUCUAAUGGUGGUCCAUUCGUUGAGAACGCAACAGGUUCCACUUGUAUGGCUACUGGGAGGACCCAAUCACGCUCCUUCCCGCCAUUUUUGCUGCUGUUCUUGGCGUAGUGUUUGACGCGUUCUUGUGAUCGUUUUUUCCAUGUUGUUGCAUUUAUUUUGUGAGGCCGCGUGUGUUAUUUAAAUGGAUUUCUAGGUAACAUAUUCCAUUCAGUCUACUGAUGAAAUAUGCACAAGCGAUAAAAGUAGAUUUCGCGUCGAAAACUGUGAUUGACGUUUCACGUGUCACCGAAACAUAAGCUUCAUCCGAGGAAAGCGAGCGGUAUCUCGUACACUGAUCGAACGUUUUCGGUUUCUCGUGAACAAUGAAUACUCCAACAAGGAGAGACUUUCUCCGAAGACCCGAAGGAACCCGUCGGAGGUCUUCUAGGCAAGCUUUAGCAGUGAUUCCUGUCAACAAUUCGUCGCCUGGGGAGACCGUUUCAACCGAAGUGAAUGCAAUGGACAACUUUUUAAAUAGCCGGCACGGCUCUGAUUCUUGGAGUCCUGCGCCUAGUCCUGACGAAUUGGUUAUACAGAAGCGAGGACGUCGUCGUAAAACUAUAGUCUGGUCACCUGAUCUUGAUACGUGUAAACGAAACAGCCUCUUCAAUUUGAGUUCCAGGGAUCGUACUCCUGUUAAAAGUCCGACGAAAACAACCAGCAUGCUAUUAAGAAGUACACCCAGAAAGAGGCUCUCUUUGGGUAACCCCAAUGAGACUCAAUUCGCGACACCGGAGAAAAAGAAAAAGUCACAAUUGUCCUCGGCCAACAGUAAUUCGCUGACACAAUUCAAUGGGAACUUGGCGAGCGGUUUGAGAGGCCUUAGUCGGGAUCAGUUAGUGGCACUGAUAAUGGACGUGGUUGCUAUGCAAGAAGAAAGCGGUCUACCCGAGGGAGAAAAAUUACAUAAUAUUCUGUUAAAGAAAAUGCCUAUAGCCGAUGUGCAACCAUUAGUCGAUACUUUAAAUAGUUUGAAACAAAACAUUCAUAUCAGCUUGAUGUCGUCUAAACUGGAUGACUCUUCUAAUAAUAAUACUCACUUUCAUUUAGAUGUUUUUCAGAAAGCUGUUAUAGAUCAGGGGAAAAGAUUGGUGGAAUCUCAGCAUUGGACAUCGGUAAUGCAAUACGUGUACGCAACAUGGAAUAUCGUGAAACAAAUAUUGAAAUGCGACAAUGAGGAACUUUGCGACAUGGCUAACAAAUGUUUUAAAUACUUGACACAUUUCUGUCUCCAAGCUCUGAAAAGAGGGAAUUUCACUAGACCUGUGAUGGAUAUGUUCAGCGACAGGCUUCACGCGAUGGUCACCGAUUGUGAAGAUAUAAAGAUAUGUUUGCAGUUAAUAAACGAGGCAAAACACAACUAAACUAUAAGUAUUUUCUUCUACAA